AAGCCCAAACACGGCCCAAGGCAAGGUUCACCAACCCCACUUUCUUCUUCAUCACCAUCGCUCUCUCCGCUACGCACACUUUCCAUAAACCCUAAUUUUCACCAUGUUCACUUCCACAGCUUCCUCCAUCUUCUCCUUCACUCCAACUCGAAUCCCACCCUCUCGCUUCACCGUCAGAGCGCACUCUUCCAAACCCCUCUCAUUCCCCAACCUCAAAACGCUCGCCGGCGCCGCCGUAUUCGCCGCCGUCGCCCUCCAAUUCCCCGCCCGCGCCUGUCCUCCGCCGCCGCCCGAGGCCCCCGCCGCGCUCGCCGACCUCCUCGAGAGCAACGCCGAAGCCACCGCCGCGCUCAAGUCGCUGCUGCAGCAGAAGCUGGAGCUCGGGGAGGACGACGAGGCCCUCGCCAUCCUCCGCCGCCUCAUCGCCGCCCAGCCGGAGGUGGCCGACUGGAAGUUCCUCGCGGCGCGCCUGGCGAGCGAGGGCGGCGACGCCGAGGGCGCGCGCGCGCUCUACGAGGAGAUCCUGGCGGCGAGCCCGCUGUCGUUCGAGGCGCUGUUCGAGAACGCGCUCCUGAUGGACCGGUCCGGCGACGGCGAGGCGGCGCUGCGGCGGGUGGAGGAGGCGCUGCGCGCGGCGGAGGGGGAGAAUAAGGCGAAGGAGGCGAGGGACGUGAGGCUCAUCAUGGCGCAGAUUUUGUUCCUGCAGAAGAAUGUUGACGAAGCGUUAGGGUUUUAUAACGAUUUGACGAAAGAGGAUCCUAAGGAUUUCAGGCCUUACUUCUGCAGAGGUAUGAUUUAUAGUUUGCUUGAUCGGAACGACGAGGCUAAGGAACAGUUUGCCAAAUACAGAGAGUUGAGUCCCAAGAAGUUUGAGGUGGAUGGUUAUUUGAGAACCCCUUUGUCCAGGAUGAAGCUCUUCAGCACUGAUGAGAGCUGAUAAAUUUUUAUUUUUCAUUAAAAUAAUAAAUUUGCAGCAAUUGGAAUAUGGGUGGAUUGGAAAAGGGUUUUGGGGCUGAUUUUGUGGGGUAAAGUGAGUUCAAUUCUUUUGCUUUUGCUGUGCUUUGUAAACUUGUUUGUAUUUUUAGUGAGAAUGAAUCAUACGGAAAUAAGGAUUAUGAUUGUGAUGCCAGUAAUAGUAGGGUUACUUUGCCUUUGUAAUUUGGUACUCAUUCAACUGUUUUAUGAAUUUUAUCGUGUUAUCUCUCUCUUUUA